UAAAAACAGAGUUUACGUUGCGCGUGCUGUAGGAUUGUUGUCAUGACAACCGUACCAACACUAACUAUCCGGAAACAGCUCUGCGACGGACCCAAAAGGAACGAUGAACACCCAGGCCAGCCCAGUGCAGGUGUAUGUUCGCAUUCGACCCACAGCCAGUUUUGCACAUGAGCUCAUUGAAUGCCUACCUGACCAGCAGACUUUGAGUAUAAGGUGGAGGAAGGACUCCAAGAAAGGAAUGAGCAACAUUCAGCUCAACUCCUGGCUGUUUAAACUGAAUGGGGUGCUGCACAAUGUGUCACAGGAGGAAGUGUAUGAUUGUGUUGCUCAGAGUGUUGUUCUAGGAGCCUUUGAGGGCUUUAAUGGUACAGUUAUGUGCUUUGGGCAGACUGGGGCAGGAAAAACAUACACUAUGACAGGAGCUGCAGAGGCGUACAAACAGAGAGGCAUCAUACCUCGUGUUCUACAGCAGGUCUUUCAUGAGGUUGAACAUCGGACAGACCAAACGUUCUCGGUGCAUCUCUCCUUUCUAGAAAUCUACAAUGAGACUAUGGUAGACCUUUUGUCGGCCUUAAAGCGGGGAAAGGGUGUAAAUAACGGGGCGUUAGGUGUGGUAGAAGAACCAGGGGGUGGAGUCUCAAUUAAAGGCCUGACUUUACAUCUGGUUCACAAUGAAGAAGAGGCUCUUAAUCUGCUUUUUGAGGGGGAGAUGAACAGAAUAAUUGGAGAACAUGCUCUUAAUAAAAAUUCCUCAAGGUCUCAUUGCAUAUUUACCAUCCACAUUGAGUCACGGUCACGCACGCUGUCAGAUGCUAAAUACAUCACUUCCAAACUGAACCUCGUGGACCUGGCCGGAUCUGAAAGACUUAAAAAAUCUGGGUCAGAGGGGCAAGUCCAAAGGGAGGCCAUGUAUAUCAACAAGUCCCUUUCUUUCCUGGAACAGGCCAUCUUGGCUCUAUCUGAUAGUCGCAGGGAACACGUUCCCUUCAGACAGAGCAAACUUACUCAUGCUCUUAAAGACUCACUAGGAGGAAACUGUAACACAGUGCUUGUGGCCAACAUAUAUGGGGAAGCCUCACAAAUGGAGGAGACGCUUUCAACACUUCGCUUUGCCUCCAGAAUGAAAUGUGUUCAGACUAAACCAUCAAUCAAUGAACAUAUAGACCCUGUGCUUCAAGUAAAAAAACUUCAGAAAGAAAUCCAGUUUCUUAAAGAGGAGCUGUCUACGUAUAACACACUGACUUAUCGUGUUGGGGUUUUUAAUGAGAUCCUGUCAGAGACACAGGUGGCAGAAGUGAAGAGUCAGGUGCAGAGAUACCUGUCAGGAUCCCUGAAUGAGAUUCCGAUUGUGAACGUUACACAGAUCCAAGAAGUGUUUGCCCAGUUCAAAAAAGUUGUGCUGGAGAAAGAAGAGAAACUGAGAGAACUCCAACUCAAAAAUACUCUGGUAGAGAAAGCCAAGAUCACAACACCAUCCUCUGUUGCAGAAAUGCAGGACUCUUCGUCUACUGUAGGAGAGGUGGAGAGAUGUGGAUAUGGGCUUGGGUUAGCUGACUCUUCACAGAGGCAUCAACAAGAUAUAUCACGUAAACCAACAAAACAAAAACGAACUAGCAGAAGGGAAGCAGCAUUGAACCCGAUGCCAACGGUCUGUAGAAGCGGGGCUUCUGUAGAAACUGAACAGUUCUUGAAUCAAGUGAAUCAAAUGAGUGAAUCAAACAUGGUCACACAUGAAUCUGAAGAGCAACAAAGAACUGAGCCCAACCUCACAGAAGCUGUCAGCUCCCCUCCACCCAAGGCUGACGCGUUUGAGGAUUUCAAGGCAGAAAGGGGAAGUGAGAUUAACCGUAUUCUAAAGGAAAACAAAGCGGUCCUGUUGGAGCGCAGGUCCCGGUUACACACACUCACAGAUGUCAUCAAUGCGACUAAACGGGAUAUGGACAGCAUUGCGUCUGAACUACAACAAUACAGAGGACAAAGUCAGGGGCAGUUUGUGAGUGCAGAAGGGGAGCAUGUGAUGGAUGAGGCAGAGCUGUCUCUAGUGAUGCAGCUAAGGGAGCUGAAGAACCGCUACAGAAAAACCUAUGAGGAGUACAACAGCACAAAAGCAGAAGUCAGCUACUGUCAGCAUCUGGUGAAUCAGUGCCGUAUACGCCUCCUAACAGAAUUUGAGAGUUGGUACAAUGAGUCUUUCCUGUUGCCGGAUCAAGUGUUGUCAGUAUUAGAGGGAGGACCAAUUAGGCCGGGGCAUGUGCCCGUGGACAAAGCUUUAACCCUGGAAGAUGAUGGACAAAAACCAUUUAAGCAUCCCCCUGACAAUCCACAAGAAACUUCCAGUGCUGUAUCAUUUUACAAUGCCUAUAACCGAAGUCUGCAGAGGAAAGGAAAGAAAUAGGGAGUAAACUGGGUGUAAAUCUGCUACCUGGAAGCUGUGUUUUAUACAGUACAACAUUUGUCAGAAUUGUCAUUAAACUUGAUACCAAGAUUGUCUAGUUUUGACGCAAGGAAUAGCACGUACAGAAAACGUCUAUAAAACUGGACUGAACAGAAUGCAAUGUGCAUUGCUUAUUUCAUUUACAAUUUAAUUUGAACUGUGUAUUGUUAGUGUUCAGUAUGUGUUAAAUAGAACGGUUUCUUAAUACCAAUGGAAAAACACACAGUAAAGUGAAGCUGGAUACCUUAUACCUCUUCACUUUACUUCACUGUUUUAAAGGGGUCAUAUGGC